GCUUGCUAAACACAGAUGGCUGUCAGCAGGUUUGCGUGAACACAAUCGGAUCGUUCAGAUGCUAUUGUCGUCCAGGUUAUGGACUUUUGGCUGAUAGGAAGAACUGCAAGCCGAUGUGCAAUGGCCUUACCCCGGGGAUAUGUGCCAACGGGGGAACGUGUGUGCGACCUGGCGUUUGUCAAUGUCGGACAGGAUACGCUCUGCCUCGAUGUGACGAUGUAAAUGAGUGCCGGAUAAAAAAUGGUGGAUGCAGCCAAACAUGCCAGAACCUCCAAGGGUCUUACCGCUGCCGAUGUAGGAGUGGUUACGCGUUGCUAAGCGAUGGGAAAUCGUGUAAACCACUUUGUCACGGCGCUCCAAUUGGGACCUGUCAAAAUGGUGGAACCUGUGUGCAACCCGACGUUUGCGCUUGCCCAACAGGUUUUGCAGCCCCCAGAUGUGAUGAUGUCAACGAGUGUAACACGAAUAACGGUGGCUGUAGUCAGACGUGUACGAACACUCACGGGUCAUACCGGUGCAGCUGUGAGCCUGGAUACGGGUUGGUGAACGGGAGUCUGUGUAAACGUAAUGGUUUUUAA